AUGGAGACCUCAGGCGGCUUCAUGCAGUCGGUCAUGGCCGUAAUUCACAACUUGAUGGCUCCAAAAAUUAUUCGCCGCUACUUUCUCGUUCUCCUCAUCUUCACUAUUGGAAGUGUCGUCUUGUUCACCUUCAGCCACUCCUUAAGUAUACGUCUUGGCUCCUCUUUUUCCUCGUCAGAGUACUUUGGACUCGACAGCAAAGAUAAACCGAUUAUUGCGCAGAACAAUCGGUGGGGAGGACAGACGGUUGCGAGGGAUAUUGAGCUCCCCGAGGCGACUUGGACCUGUACGGACGAUGACCUGAGUGAGCAGGAAAAGGAGACAACGACAAAUCGACGAUCUCGGCAGUGCGUUGUUCAACACCUCUGUGUUGACAGACAAGGCGCAUUUAUUCGCAGCAACGGUAUCUUGCCCCGAAAGAACCUGCCCAAGGUCAACCUGAUGUCCUCGGAUACAGACUCUGACUUAUUUUGGCAGCCAAGGCUACAACGUUCUUGGAGGAAGGUUAUCCGUGCCCACUAUGUUGACGAGACGGUCUUUGUUCACGGAUUGUACUCGCCACAUCACUUUUCGCAUUGGCUUUACAACGGGAUGAUUCCUCUUUACAGCACAAUGAAGCGAUUUGGAGGCACAAAGAAUUCAUGGACUUUCCGCGCUGGAGGAUUUUACUACGACCCUCUUGACCGUUUGGGCGCCUGGGAGAUGGAUCACUUUUUCGAGACUGGCAAGGAACUCGUUCUUGCCCAAAGCGAGUUGACAACGCCGUUCCAGACUCUUCCUCCUGAGGACACCCCCAUCUGCUUCCGGAGGGCCGUUAUUGGACUGGGCUCGCAGUGCGGAUUGGUCUAUUGCGAGAACAACACCCCUACAGAGAUCUACCAGUCAUUUCAGGAAGAGAUCGCGGAGUACUACUGGUCGACGCCGCUGACUUGGGAGAGUCAUGUCAAGAGUGCGCAAGAGUCGAUCAACAGAUCACAGGAGAAGGAGCAGACUCAGAAAUACGAGCAGGAUAACAAAGAGGCCCAAGAGCAGGAGGUGGAGAAAAAGAAAGCCGCAAAGUCGCAGCUGACAUGUCUGGAUCUGGCCAGGUACUACAAUUUUGAGUCAGCUGGACCCAACCACGGUGUCGAGAACGGAGAGGUCAAGAGCAGAGUUGGACAGAUGCACCCCGACAUCGUUGACCCUGCAGAGACUUACCAGAACCUAUUUGUCGAGGGCAAGGAGGGCGAGGCGGCCAAGGAGAGCAAACGCAAGUUGGUGGUGGGCAUUAUCCAGCGUGAAGGAUCCAGACGUCUUGUCAACGACGAAGAGUUGAUCCAGGGUCUUGUCCAAGCUGGCUUCCGUGUCAAGUGGAUAACCUUUGAUCAUGGAUGCGGGAUUGCCGAGACGGCCUACUUGCUCCGGGAUAUCAAUGUUCUGAUCUCGCCUCAUGGAAACGCCCUCGGAACGUCGAUCUUUAUGCCCAGCCACGAACCCGUGCCGACCGUUAUCAGUGUCGACACCACGCGGUACAAGGAGAGGUGGUUCGAGUUCACGACCAGUGCGAUUGGACAGAGAUUUUUCCAGACCGUCUGUGGGCCGACCAACUAUGUGGACGAGGUCUCUCGAGAGCACUGCCCAUACGUCAAGGACCUCAAAGGCGCGUGGAGUAUCAUGAGCUAUCACAGCCUCGUCCUUGGUUUGCCGGAUUCGAUGGUCAAGACGGACAAGCAGAGAGAGUCCAUGUCUGGCGUUGAGCGCAACAAGUUGCGAGACGCGAGCCGGAAGUAUGUCAAGAACAACCCUGCAGCCCAGAAACUUGCCGAGCAGGAAAUGGACAUCCUCAUUAGACCCGAGAUGCCCGUGUCGAUUAUCCAAAAGUACGGCGAUCUCGCCAGAGAUUUUGUGAGCGCCUACUGGAAAAGCUCUCCUCGCUAUGUGGAUGUUCCCCGGAUGGUCAAGUUUGUGCAGUCGCUGCAACGGGAUCUGGAACAGGAGAAUAUCAAGGAAUCUGCCGCUACCCCCGAUAAUACUACUACCACCGCCAUCCAGCAGCAGAGCGGGAGCAUCGGCGCUGCACAAAAGUCAUACGGGCAAUUCGUCGAGUACGUGCGCAAGGGUCAGGCAUGCGGACCUGACGACUGCGAGAGAAUUUUGGAGCGGAACGUGGCGAACGAGAAGACGAGUGCAUUCGGAAAGCAUUCGGUCGACGAUACCUCGAAAUGGGGACAACCCACAAACGAAAGCCAGGCGUUGAGGGCUGGGUUGACUACUGAGGUUCUGCAACGGACGUGGCAGAUUGAAGCUUAG